AUGUCCAGCCCAACUGAAUCAUGGCCCUCCCUCCUCACCACCGCAAAACACACCCCACGAACAUCAACACCAAAACCCGACCUCCCUUCCCCAGAGCAACAAUCCCUCAUUGACUCCCUGCGGUCUCUCCCUCUCACGAACCAGUCCCCAGAUGCAGAGCAAUCCGAGUUAAAAGCAGCCAUCGCCGAUAUUCUAUCAGAGUACGAGGAUGAAAACGAGUCCUCCGCCCCAAGCGAGAAUGAAAAACAACAAUGGGAAAACCUCCACGCCUUCCUAGCAUUCAUCACCAAGGAGCGGAUCGUCCGAUUAGAAGAUGUGGGCAUUCAUAUUCUGAGGGUUGCGCUGGAGAGGGGUGAGCAGCACCAUUAUCACCACCGCCAUCAGCGGCAGCAGGGUAUUACAGGGACUGGUGUGGGUGCGCCUCCAGGGACCGGAAAACGGAAAAAGAUGGCUGUUUUCGUCUCCUGUGCGGCCAUCUGGGCGUUGAUCAUGGGGGAGGAGCUAUGGGAAAGGAGGCAUGAGACUGAAGAGUUUCCCGUGGGAUUAUCCCUUUCGCCUCCGCAGCGGGAGUCUGGUGCUGGUGCUGCGGGGGAGACCGCGGUCACUGUGUCUAAAAGCCGCUGGCAGAUGUGGAUUGAUCGAUUCCAGUUUCUGAGUCUGGCUGAAGACCUGGACAUCAAGACUAGGGAAUUGGCUGCCGAGGCGGCCGCCGUGAUGCGUCGGGUGACUUAG